GCUUCUGACGCCUACCUCUGCACCCCCUGGCGUGCCUGUCCGCCCCCCGGUCCAUCGGGAUGAGAGGCCACGAGCCGAGCCCAAGCCCCCGGCCCGUCUGGCAGAUCGGCGGGUCGCGGAUCACCUUCUGCCAUGAGCAGGAUGAUGACUGGCGCAGGGGGGUCGCAGACCGGUCGCCCUCCCCCGUGGGCCGGACCACGCUCAUCCGCGCCCCUGUGGAGGGGGGCGACAGUGCUGAGGUCACCCGCACGAUUACGGUGGAGAGGAGCGCCGUGGGCAAGCUGGGCUUCAGCGUCCGUGGGGGGGCUGAGCACGGCCUGGGCGUCUUCGUCAGUAAGGUGGAGGGUGGCAGCUCUGCGGCCAGGGCGGGGCUCUGUGUGGGUGACCAGCUGGUGGAGGUGAACGCCGUCGGUCUGGAGGGCGUCACCAUGAGCAGUGCUGUCAAGGUCCUGACGGGCAACAGCCGACUGCGUAUGACUGUGCGCCGCGUGGGCAAGCUCCCCGGGCUCCGCUACACUCAGGAGAAGACCACCUGGGUGGACCUCACGCACCGGCGCAUGCUGGUGGAGGAGAGUGGCCGGACGCCCUCCCUGAGUGGGCCGGACGGGGCGCUGAGGAGGGUCGUGCACCUUUACACCUCCCCCAGGAACCAUUGCCUGGGCUUCAACAUCCGGGGGGGACGCGAGUUCGGCCUGGGCAUCUACAUCUCCAAUCUGGACCCGGGGGGGCUGGCGGAGCAGAGCGGCAUCAAGAUGGGAGACCAGAUUCUCGUGGCCAACGGGGUGAACUUCGAGGACAUCAGCCACGCCGACGCCGUGGACACCCUGCGGAGCAAUGCCCACGUUAUGCUGACCAUCAAGGAGGCCGGCAGAUACCCUGCUUAUAAGGAGGUCCUGGCCGAGUACAGCUGGCUUGAUAACCGGGGGUCUCCUUCCUACCGCGGUUCAGACUCCAGUUCCUCGGUGUCAUCGUUGUCCUCCAUGACCCCCUUCAGUUCCCUCGGUGACCCCCCCCAAGCCCGGUCACCCUCUCCCACCCCCACUCUAUGGAGUGCCCCCCCUGAGAAAACUGAGGCCUCGGUACAGACUGACCCCGCUGAGCUCCACGUGUCACCAAGGCUGGGCGUCCCCCUCCCUGGCGAGACCAGCAGGCGCCUGGGGGCCACAGUACUGCUGGGGGACACCGCCAUCCGGGCCGGGGGCCCUGGGGGCCUGAGUGCGGCUCUGUGCCGCUGCCGGACCUCCUCUGUGGGGCCCUCGGCAGGUGGGGCAGCCAGCUCCCCGAAAACCAACAUGCUCGUGGCCCUCAGUCGGCCCAGCAAACCCCUGCGUCGCUCCCAGAGCCACGUCACUGAAGCAGAGGACAGGCACAAGAGGAAGCAGGAGCAGCGGCCGAGCGGGCGGCUCCAGGGGGACGGAGAGGGGCUGCGACGCUCCAAGACCUUUAUGGGUCUCCUCUCAAAGGGCGUGCGCAAGAGGGAGGCCACCAGGGGGCGCUCCAGCUCUCCGUCCAGCUCAGAGGUGGAGCGGGAUAAGCAGCACAGACGCAGCCCGCUGCCCAGUGCAGACGUCCUGCAGAUGGUGCAGACCAUGGCCCAGAGGCUUCUGGGAGAGGACGAGGUGGCUGCAGUCAUGAGGCACUGCAGGCGGUUUGCAGCAGAGCGUGUGCUGGAGGACCUUGUACGCCCCCUGCUGGUGCUGCUGGACCGGCCAGAGAAGGUCCUCUUGCUGCGGGAGAUCAGAAUGCUCAUCCCCCCCACCGACCUGGAACGCUUCGACAGUGCAGUGGGGCCGGUCGAGGAGGAGGCCUACGGGCUGCUGAGGAGCCGCGCGGCUAGGUCCCCCGCCCUUCGAUCUCCAAGGACGGGACCAGCUCCGAGAAAGCAGCUCAUCACCCCUAUCCCAGACCACCGGGGUGGGUUCCGGCUCAAACUGGAGGAGGAUCUGGAGAAGGACCGGCGGCUGGCAGCGGAGAUGGAGACGCUGCGGCUGUCGGGUGCCCUCGUCCCGCUGCUUGACGUGCCAUUGGACGGCCACGAGGCCAGCUCACCCCAGCCACGCCCCCAUCGCUUACAGGGGGUGGAGCUACCGAGCCGAGAGAGCGGCACCUCCCUAUCUGCACGUGGGGAUGUGGAAUCCUCCUGGUCGGGACCCCUCAGCGGGGGCACCCUCCGUGAAAGGGGGAGGUCACCACUCCGGAACGGACACUCGAAAGUGAAGUGGGACAGAGGUCAUGGCAAUGGUGGGGGUACCAGCAACACCAUGUACAGCGUGGUGAGUGCCCCCCGGCGCGGGCGGCCCCCGCUCUCCCAGGUGUUCGGCUCUCAGGUGGAUGUGAGCUCCACAGUGCCCCCUGCAGACGGUGUGAACAAGGAGCAGGGCAAAACCCACAACAGCCGAAUCCAGGAGUUUGAGCUCACUCCUGUCAGCAUCUCCAAGACCAGACAGUCGCUGGGUGAGUACAGCGGUUUGGGUAGGACAGGCCAGACGCAGCCCGAUGCGGGAUGCUAGCAGGUUAGGUGAUCGCGGGACUGCUAGCUAUCCUUGGAAAACACGAGAACCUCAGUUUGUCUCUUUCCUCAGGGUUUAGCUCAUAAUUCCCACAAAUAAUUCCUUGGAGAAACAGCCCAGGUCACAAUUCCUGAUAAUCGAACAAGCAGGAACGCCAGCAUGAAGGUAAUAUUGGUCAAGUCUGAAUAAGGAGAUACAGCCUCAAGUGAUUCAUCCAGCCUUGAAUUGGCCAGUGAGUGGUUCUCUGGGCUAAGUCUCUGUGCCUGUGAUUGAAAGAUCACCGGUUUGAGAAACCCAACCUCGUCAACAACAGCCACAUGUCCAUGGGGCCCUGAGCAGGGCCCUUAAGCCCCAGUUCCAAGGGCCACAUUGGCUGACCCGGCUCUCCGACCUUGAAGAGCAUGGUGGGGUAGGCGAAGAGAAGAAUUCCAAUGCGCGAAUAAAGGAUUGUUUUUAUAAA